UCUGUAUACUGUGACCGAAGGCAGGCCCUUGACGCAUAUUCAGCUGAUGUUUCCUUUGUUGAUUUUGUCUGUGGUAGUUUAUCAUCUGAUUCUGCUCUUAGGGACAGAGCAAAGAAGCAGAUUUGCCAGUGUACCAGAAAUUUAGCCUGCACUAUUGGUGUUCUUCAGAACCACACGCUAGCCUUCUAUCCAACUGAGCUAACUGGUACCAUUCCCCACAUAGUAAAAAGCUAAAAUGAAGACAAUGUUACUUUAUCUUAUUGGCCUUGAAAUUGGCUUAGUACCCUUUUUGUCAGCUGCACUUCUGUUGUCUUCAGCUCAGACAUCUACAAGAGGUACUGAGGAAACACAGAAAAUGUAUCAUCUUAAAGUAACUGGAAACCUGGUCAAUGGGACAAUGGACUUACAUGAAGGCCCUCGAUGUGGUGUCACUGCCACCAAACACAUCAAGGUGAUUCCACAUCAACACAUAUUUCAAAAGCAUAACAUCACCUACAGGGUACGAGAAUAUACAACUGACUUACCACGGAAAGUUGUGGAUGAAGUUUUGAGACGAGCUUUCGAACUUUGGAGUAACGUCACUGCAUUGUCAUUUACAAAAACUACAUCCGUAGCAGACAUUCAAAUUACCUUUGCUGCUCGAGAUCAUGGUGAUGAGUUUCCAUUUGAUGGACAUGGUCAUGUUCUGGCUCAUGCCUUUCCCCCUGGGCCAGGCCUUGGAGGUGAUGCUCAUUUUGAUGAGGAUGAAACUUGGGUAACAGGAAGUAACGGAACCAACUUGUUGAUUGUUGCUGCCCACGAAAUUGGACACUGUCUGGGGCUCAAUCAUUCUGAGGAUAAAAAUGCUUUGAUGUAUCACAAGUAUAACUAUGCUGAUACACACGGGUAUACACUUCCAAGUGAUGAUGUGAAAAGAAUCCAGUCAUUAUACGGACCCCCAGUUAUGACCACACAAAUGCUUGGCCAGACUCCAACUCAGAAACGAAGUCCAGGCGAUACUGAGAAACAAAGACCAGGCGAUACUCCUACUUCAUCACCAGGCCCGACUGUAACUCAAACACCAGGCCUGAUUCAGAAACGAAGACCAGGCCAGAUUCAGAAACAACAAUCAGGCCAGACUCAGAAACGAAGACCAGGCCAGAAUCCUACUUCAUCACCAGGCCAGACUCAGAAACAACGACCAGGCCCGACUCAGAAACAAAGACCAGGCCAGACUCAGAAACAAAGACAAUGGCAGGCUCCUACUCAAAUACCAGGCCAGACUCAGAAACAAAGACCAGGCCAGACUCAGAAACAAAGACCAUGGCAGGCUCCUACUCAAACACCAGGCCCAACUCAGAAACAAAGACCAGGCCAGACUCCUACUCCAUCACCAGGCCUGACUCAGAAACAAAGACCAGGCCAGACUCCUACUCAAAUACCAGGCCAGACUCAGAAACAACGACCAGGCCCGACUCAGAAACAAAGACCAGGCCAGGAUCCCGCUCAAACACCAGUCCCGAAUGUAGCUCAAACACCAGGCCCAACACAGAAACGACCAGGCCAGAAUCCUACUCCAUCACCAGGUCAGAUGCCAACUCAAACACCAGGCCCGACUCAGAAACAAGGACCAGGCCAGACUCCUCCUAAGGAAUCAUUGAUGUGUGAUCCAGAUGUGUUCAUGGAUGCAGCUGUUAAAAUAACCAGACGUGUUUUGUUCUUCAAGAAUGGGUUCUACAAGACUGCACUGUCAUCAAGGAUAAUUGCAGUUAACACCACUUGGCCAAGUAUCACAUCAAAUAUUGAUGCUGCUGUUCAAUACUGCAGAAGAGGCCAAAGGACAAAUGAUGUUGUUUUUUUCGCAGGACAUCAAUAUUGGCAUUUCACUGGGAUCGUUCUAAAACCAGGGUUCCCAAAGAACAUCUCUGAAUUUGGUUUUCCAGAUAGUGUUAUGCAAAUAGAUGCUGCAAUGCAAGUUAAAUUCAACUGGAUAAUGUUCUUUGUGGGAGAUCAGUACUGGAGCUAUAAUUUAGAUGAAAAGCAAAUGAGCAGCCGAAGCCCAAGCUUAAUAACAGACACCUUUACAAACAUUUCAAAAGUGGAUGCAGCUUUUGAGCAUCGUGGGACUUAUUAUCUCACAAGUGGACCUCUUAUAUACCAAUAUCUGGAGACGGAAUUAGUAGAAAUUUUCCAACUAGGUGGGUGGAUGGAUUGUAACUAAAUAACCAUGUUUUGCUAUUGCACUGUUGUGUAUUGCAACUCACAGAGAAUAGUGCUCAUAGCAGAUGGAUUUGUUACCUUAAGUUUAAAACAAAAUUAGAUGUUCAACAAAGCUUAAUAACUAACAUGUUUGCAAUAUAGCUCCUGUAGUUGAAUUUGAAAAUUUCAGUUAUU